UUUGUGUGUACUGUGUUCAUACAUGCAUGCGUGUCACAUAUGCAUAGGUGCAAAUAAUUACAACUGUUCAUGACUGUACAUUGCAAAAUUUCAGAUCCUUCAAUCGCUACAUCCCAGUGCCAUAGGAAUGUGGUAAGAUAACUUUGCCAUAUAUCAAACAACAAAUAUGGAAGGGGCUGUACAACAACCACCAGAUAGUGUACAACCCCUGGACAGAGAUGUGCAACCACCAUUAGAUGUACAACCCCUGAGCAGUGAUGUGCAACCACCACCAGAUACUGUACAACCCCUGGGCAAAGAUGUGCAACCACUGCCAGAUAGUUUACAACCCCUGAGCAGAGAUGUGCAACCACCAACAGAUAGUGUACAACCUCAGUCACCACCCAAAGAUGGAGAAACAUCAUCAGGAGAACAUGGGACAUCCUCCAAUGUGCUUUCCUUUGACAGAACUGGAAAUCUAAACCAACCAACUAGUACAGUAGACAUUCCAGAACUGGACUACACUUCUCAGGGAGAAAUUGCAGCGAUUUCCACACAUGUGACAGUGCCAACUGCUGGUGCGCAACUUGUCUCAAGGGGCAAUGACAACCAAGGUGAUAAACCAGCAAGCAUGGAGAAUGCAGAACAAAUCACAUUUCCAGCAUCGGACAAUCAACCAACCACAGAAGGCUUUGACAGCACAACAGAAGCAAGCAGUAUUUCUCCGUCUGUCCCUGAAAACAUUCCUCGCCAUCCCACAAUUCCACCUGCAGCUGAAGGUAUUGUUGAUGUCGUCACACCAAACCAGACGAAAGAUGACAGUUCACCAGAGGACAAGAAUAGCGAGCAGGGUAAGGGGACAGGAUCAGGCAAGAAAAAAGGAAGAGGUUCCAAAAAGAAGAAUGUCACUCCCACCGGGGUGGGGAGGGGAAACACUCAGUCACUUCAAGAAGCAAAGAAGAAGGGAAGAAAAGCAAGAAAGGCUGAAAAAGAGCUGGACCUCCUAGAUUUGAGUGGACUGAGCCUGGAGGAAAGGCCUGUACCCAAAGGGACGGGGGUGGUGUUUGAUGAGAGAAUGGCAGAUUACCACUGUCUGUGGGAGGACCUGAGCGACUGUAAGGCAGAACGGCCAGCAAGGUUCACUGAGACGCUGACAUUACUGCGACAGAGAGGCUUGCUGGACAGAUGUGUCACCAUCCCCUCCCGCCCUGCCACUAGAGAAGAGGUCCUCAGUAUUCACUCUGAGGGUCUCCUGGGGAAACUGGAGAGCAGUGUUACCAUGACAACAGACCAGCUAAGACAGCUCUCAGAGACUUUUGAAGACAUAGCCAUCCACCCCAAGUCUCUUGAAUGUGCUCGUCUGUCUGCUGGUUGCACCCUCCAACUUAUGGACCAAGUCCUCACCGGGAACGUACGCAACGGAAUGGCCGUCGUACGCCCUCCCGGUCAUCACGCCGACCGAGACCAAUCCUGUGGCUACUGCCUCUUCAACAACAUCGCCAUCGCAGCCAGACAAGCGUUGACAAAGUACAGUUUGGAAAGGGUGCUGAUAGUCGACUGGGAUGUCCACUUUGGGAACGGAACCCAAGACCUUUUCUACGAUGAUCCGAGGGUCCUCUUCUUCUCCAUCCACCGAUACGAGCACAUGGAGUACUGGCCACACAUGGAGAGAGCCAACUACAGCUUUGUCGGGAGGGGGGCUGGAAAAGGCUAUAACGUGAAUGUGCCAUGGAAUAAGAUAGGGCUGGGAGACCCAGACUAUAUGGCUGCAUUUCAACAGGUCCUCAUGCCCAUGGCGUAUGAGUUUGACCCCCAGUUGGUUCUGGUAUCAGCUGGUUUUGACUCAGCUGCCGGGGAUCCCAAGGGAGAAAUGGACACGACCCCAUCAGCUUAUGCACACCUCCUACACAUGCUGAAAGGUCUCGCUGAAGGAAAAGUUUGUGCCAUUAUGGAGGGAGGGUACAACAUACAGACAUUGUCCGAGUGUGUCGCCAUGUGUGUGGAAACUCUGUUGGGAGACCCCUGUCCGCCCCUCCCCCCGCUACGGCCUGAUCCCAGCUCCGUGGAGACCAUACGGAACGUUCUCGGAGUUCAUCGUAACAACUGGAAGUGCUUUCAGUACCCAGUUUCAACAGAAACCAGCGAGGAAGAUCAGCAUGUGCAACAAAACUCCGAAGACAAGUCCCUCUGGAGAUCCGUUGGAAGGGGUACCUGUACAUCAGGACGUGAGGUGGGGCUGGUACAUGAUGAGGCCAUGAUGAACCAUGUCAACAUCUGGAUGCCCGGCCACCCGGAACAACCGUACAGGAUCCGCAGGAUCAUGCAGGCACUGGACAGGCACAGGCUGCAGGACAGGUGUGUUAAGUUAGAGUCGAGACUGGCUACAGAAGAGGAGCUGUUGUACCUGCACACAGCUGAACACCUGCAGCUGAUGCAGGAGACAGCAGAGAUGACACCCCGACAGCUGAACAGAACACAGGCAGACUUCAACUCCAUCUUCCUAUGUAACGACACAUACAAGAGUGCCUGUCUAGCGGCAGGGUGUUCCAUGAACGCCGUGGAGGCGGUCGCCACCGGGAGCGUACGUAGUGCCGUUGCUGUCGUCCGUCCGCCGGGUCAUCAUGCAGAGGUGGACAAACCCUGCGGCUUCUGUAUCUUCAACAGUGCCGCCCUGGCAGCUCGCUUCGCUCAGAAGAGACUGGGGGUAGGGAGGGUACUGAUACUGGACUGGGAUAUUCACCAUGGUAACGGUACACAACACAUGUUUGUGGACGACCCAACAGUGCUCUACAUAUCUAUACACAGGUAUGACAACGGCAUGUUUUUCCCUGGGAGCCCCGAUGCUGACUGUACCGUGGUGGGGAGCGGACCGGGGGAGGGGUUUACUGUCAACGUGCCAUGGAGUAGGGGAGGCAUGGGGGAUCCUGAGUACAUGGCUGCAUUUCAACAGGUUGUGAUGCCCAUAGCGUACGAGUAUUCCCCCGAGCUUGUCAUCAUCUCAGCAGGAUUUGAUGCGGCGAGGGGGGACCCCCUAGGCCACUGUGAUGUCACCCCCCCAGGCUAUGCCCACAUGACCCACAUGCUGAGCAGCCUGGCAGGGGGGCGGGUCGUACUACUGCUGGAGGGGGGGUACAACCUGUCAUCCAUCUCCGAGUCCAUGUCAGAAUGUACCAAAAUCCUCCUGGGGGACCCCUGCCCUCCAUUAGAGUACUCCCCUCCAUGUGAAGAGGCAGUACAGUCCAUGUUGAGCACCCUUCAUGUUCAUCAGAAGUACUGGAGAAGUCUGGCUUUCCAAGUUGAUGUUGGGACCAAAGAUGUCUGCAGUGAUGAGGGAGGCGAUGAGAGUAGUACCACAGGAACAGAGAGAGAACCAGACAGACCAGCAUUGAUGGACCUCAAUCUUCAGAUGGAACAACUCAGCAUUACAGGGGAGGAAAAGGACAAUCAGAAUACUGCAGGGGGGAUAGAAGAGAAGAUGCCAACAGAUGGGACUGGAAGUGAUGCAGCAGCGCCACCUGUCCAAAAUCAUUUGCAACUGCAGCCCCCAGAAAACAUGGUUGAUCAACCACCAACACCUCCAGUAACAGAGUCAUCUAUUUGAGAAGUAGCUGUCAAUUUGCAAGCAACAGAUCCAAGAAUGCAGCCCCAAAUAAGGACAGUGCAAAUUUAGAGCUAAGUUUACAAUUGCAGGUGAUGAAAAUACCUCAUCAAGCCAGAUACCUUCCUUUGAAAUUAUGGAUUUUUAUGAAGGAAUAUGAUAUAGAAAUGUCUCAAUGUGUGCAAAUGACAAUUGUAGCCAUAUGUUAGAUAGAUAUGUUUGAGAUUUCUAUGUAGCUGUGAUCUAUAUAUGAUUAAGUAUGACAUUUGUGAUUUAUUUAAUCAUUGAACAUUCAAUUUUGAAUUUAAUAUGUAGAAGAUCCACCGUUAGUUGAUGUACAUAACCUGUGCAAGUAAUUGUGCCAUCAUUUAUCUGUCCUGAUGGGUACGGACAAUGCUGUGAUUGCCACUGUGCCAUCAGUCUAUAUAUGAAACAAGUCAAAACUUUUCUUACAGUCACUAGCAGAUGAUAUGUGCAUAUAGCCAGACAGAUCCCUGUAUACCAAAACUGUGUGCAAGACCAAGGAGCUUUUAUCAUCUUCUUGGUACGACUAUAUAUUGGUCUCAGUACUUUUGGGCAUCAGACAACUCAGCUGUAUAGCCUCACAAUAUACAUUAUGUAUGUAUCAGCCGUCUUGUGUUCAAAACAUUAUGACGACAAAGCAAUAGCUGGUAAAUUUCAUCUUCAUACUGUGUUACAUAAUGGUUAAUAUCCUUUCUAUCUAACAUUUGUAAGAUUUUGUUAACAUUGUGAAGUACUGUUCAAUAUACAUAUAAUGUAGCUCAAUUGGCUGUUUGAUACCAUAUGCUUUUCUUGUGCAAAACCACAUUUUGAGAGUUGUAUUGUGAGAAGUAGAAUUCAACAUCUAACAUUACUAUAACAAUUAUUAUCAAAUGGGACAUUUUUAUUAUUUAACCAGUAAUUAUUUUGAGGUGCAUACUCUAGACUUUUCUUUGAAAGUGGAUAGUUAUGGUUUCCUUUAUUGCUGUUAUGAUUUAUUUAUAUUAUGUUUAUUGCACCACAAUCUACUUUUUCCUGUUUUUGCUUCAUCAAUAAUAGUAUUUUUAUAAACAUUUUAAUUGUGGGACUUAUAUUUUAAUUUGCUGAUCGAUGAUGAUCUGCCUAAAAUCAUAAAGAAUACAUCACAAAACAUUCAUACUUAAUGGCUGUUUUCUGUUGUGUAAUUUUGCUUUUGACUUUAACAUAGUUGGUGUCAUGCAGAUAUGUUUUGUAAACCAAAGACGUUAUGCAAACCAAGUAAAUAAUAAUUCCAA